GAGUCCCAGGGAAGGAAGGAUCCACCCUUGCGCGUUCCUGUCUAGGAAGCUGACCCCGGCAGAGAGGAACUACGACGUGGGAGAUCGGGAACUGCUGGCGGUCAAGAGCGCGUCGUAGGAGUGGCGGCACUGGCUGGAGGGCUCGCAAGCUCCAAGAACGGCAAGCCGGAUGCACUCUCGCGGACCCACGAGGGAGGGCGGACGGAUUCAGAAGCCGCUACUAUCCUGCCAGCAGCGUGCUUCGUGUCCGGCUUCACCUGGGCGGGUGAAGGAGGCCCUGGGAGAGACGCCGCCGCCCGCGGAUUGUCCGUCAGGCCGCCUUUUCGUCAUUCCAUCUCUGAGGGGAGACUUCAUCAAUUGGGCCCAUACCAACAAGACGGUCUGCCACCUGGGUAUGGCGAAGACGCGUUCAGUAGUCGAACAAAGGUUCUGGUGGCCUAACCUCAGCAGGGACGCCUGCCCGGUGUGUGCUGCCAAUAAGACUUCCCGCCUACGGCCUGUUGGUGAGUUGCGACCCCUGUCAACCCCCUUUCGUCCGUGGUCAUACAUUGCGCUGGACUUCGUCACCGUCCUGCCGCCUUCACAAGGGAACACAGUGGUGCUGUCCGUAGUGGACCGUUUCUCCAAGAUGGUCCACUUUGUGCCGCUUCCGAAGAUCCCGUCGGCCAAGCAGACAGCCCAGCUGGUGUUAGACGAGGUCGUCCGUUACCACGGGCUACCGCAGGACAUCGUUUCGGACAGGAGUCCGCAAUUCAGCGCCCGUUUCUGGAAGGAGUUCUGCAACCUCAUCGGCGCUUCAGCUAGUCGGACAUCGGGUCAUCACCCGCAGUCUAAUGGCCAGACUGAGGAUAAAUCAGGAAUUAGAGACCGGUCUUCGAUGUCUGGCAUCCAGGGACCAGAGCACGUGGAGCCAGCACAUCAAGUGGGUGGAGUAUGCCCACAAUUCUCUACCCUCCGCCUCAAGAGAUAUGGCUUCACUCCAUGUCGUGCAUGGCUAUCCUCCGUCCCUGUUUCCUCCACUGGUCACAUACUCCGUGGUCCCGUCGGCCCUGGCUGUGGUGUGACGCUGCAAACGGACCUGGGAAGCAGCUCGGAGGACACUGCUGCGCAUGAGCAGCGCCUACAAGGCUGCAGCGGACCACAAGAGAAGGGCCGCACCAGAGCUCAGAGUGGGACAGUGAGUGUGGCUCUCCACCAAAGAUCUCCCGCUGCGGACGGAAUCCCGCAAACUUGCUCCCAGGUUCGUUGGCCCGUUCCCGAUUUCCAAGAUCAUUAACCCGGUCGCCGUCUUGCUCAAACUGCCCAGGUCGAUGAAGGUGCACCCUACGUUCCACGUCAGCAGACUUUGCCCGAAUUGCACUUCGUCGCUGGCUCCUCCGGUCAAGCCCCCCCCCCCCCGCAUGGUCGACGGUGGGCCGGUGUAUACUGUGCGCCGGUUGCUGUCUUCCCGCCGCAGAGGAAGGGGGGUCCAGUACCUGGUGGACUGGGAGGGAUAUGGACCGGAGGAGCGCUCCUGGAUCCCCUCCCGCUUUGUCGUGGACCGCGCCCUCAUCAGGGACUUUCACGCGGCUCACACUGAUGCUCCUGGGCCGUCCAGAGCCGGCCGUUGGGGAGGGGGGGUACUGUCAUGCUCCGGGCUUCCUGCCCAGGCUGGGCUUGGCCAGCCAAUUAGUCAGAGCACACCUGCACCGUGUUACAGUUGAUGACGCCCAGUAUAUAUAGGACUUGGGGGACGACUUGUCCUCCGCUAGAUCGUCAUCCUUGAUGCCUCGUUCCCGAAGUCCUGUUUGCCUGACUUCUGCUCUCCGCCCACCGACCCACGCCU